GCGCACGCGCUAUCCCGUUCCCGAUUUGCGACAAGGGGGGUGCGGCUGUAACCAUGGAUCCCAGUGUACUCGCCACCAUGGAUAAGGACGCAUUGAAGAAGCAGAUCGAGAAUAUGAAGUACCAGGCGUCCAUGGAACGAUGGCCCCUGUCGAAGAGCAUCGCGGCGAUGCGGGAAUAUGUGGAAGAGAACGAGAGGAAUGACCCACUGAUACACGCGCCCGACAAGAAGAACAAUCCCUGGGCCGAGAAAGGCAAGUGCAUAAUCAUGUAAUCGGGGCCAGAGCGGAGGAAGAGCAACAGAAGAAGAAGGAAGCGGGCGUACAAAUCGAGGAGGAGAGGAGUCGGUCGUUCAUCCGCGGCAAAAGAAAUCUCAGGCAGAGAUCAUGAAGAGGGAAGAGGAGUGGAGGAGUAGGAGGAGAAGCACGCAAGAGGAAGAGGAAGAGAUACCGGUAGACGUUCGCUGCGAUUCGAUCGCCGAAGCGAUCGUCCAUCGGCCCCGCCGAAAUAAAGACGUGGCUACGAUCAAUUCCGCAGUCAAUCUGUCGAUUGAAGAUCAAACUGGAGCAAAAAUUAGUUGCCGGACCGUUCCGUUCCUCCAGGACUGUUCUACGAUCGCGCGACGUGCGGCUUCGCCAGUUCCUGAUUCGUGUCGUCCCAUAUCGUUAUCCUUCGUUAAUUCUGCCAUUCGAGACAUAAUCAUUAUUCGUAAAGAUACUCCGAGAUAACUCA